CAACUCGCGCACGGAACAGUUGUGUUUGUUUUGUUCAAGCAUACAAACUUAAACGGUUUCUUAAACGAAGAAUCAAAUAUAAUACAAAGUCAUCUGCCACGUUUAAUCCAGCGAUAGUGAUGUUAACAAGAAGCGGCGUAAAUCUAGUUAAUCCCGGUCCUGAACAACAACGCCAAAAAACUGUUAGUCUCAACGUCGUGCAAGAACCAGAUGCGAAGUCUUCAAACUGCAACCGUCGUUUGCCUAAACACGAACUCUCGUUAGCGCAUUUUAACUGUAGAAGUCUAAUGGCUCAUAUUGACGAACUGAGAUUAACUUUUCAGAAUAUCAAUCCUUUAUUUAUUGGCAUAACGGAGACAUGGCUGGAAAGCUCUAUUGCGGAUUCGGAAAUCGAACUACCUGGAUUUUCCGUAAAUCGCCUUGAUCGGAAAGGAAACCGCAGGGGAGGAGGAGUCGCACUGUACUUAUCAAGUAACGUGAAAUACACCAGAAGAAAGGACUUAGAAGAAGAUUUUGAAGUAAUAUGGGUUGAAAUUAAACUGCAAAAAACAAAGUUUUUAAUCGGAUGUGUGUAUCGGGCUCCAGAUGAAACUCUCCGGAUUUUCGAUUACCUUGACGAUGUUAUGAGAUAUGCGACAAGAAAUAAGCUAGAAGUCAUUAUUGUUGGUGAUCUUAAUUGUGAUUGUUUAAACGCAACUUUAAAACAAACAGAGAGGCUGUUAAAAUUUACAAUGGUCAACGAACUUGAACAGUUGAUAAAUGAACCUACUCGCGUUACGUCCGCUACUAGUACUCUCAUUGAUGUCUUAAUCACUUCAACGCCUAAUUUGUUUAAGGACUCUGGAGUUAUGGAUAUAACAUUAAGUGACCAUUACCCUAUUUAUGGUGUUAUGUACGGUCCAGUAACCCACUCCAAGAAACAUCGGAUAAUAACAACGCGUUCUUGGGAUGACAACAAAGUGAAUGCUUUUCUGGCUGAUCUGAAACACGCUCCGUGGAGCCUGGUUGAUUCUUUCGACAAUGUGGACAGUAUGUGUUCUGUAUGGGAAUCACUAAUGAAAUCCUUAAUUGACCAACAUUUCCCACUCACCCAUGGCUUGAUAGCACUACACUCAAGCUCAUGAGAACACGUGAUCAAAUGCACAAAAAGGCAAAAAGAUCAGGACUGUCUCAGGACUGGAUCGAAUACAGACGCCUUCGUAACAAAGUAACCGAAAUAAACAGAAAGGCAAGAAAAGAUUACUUCAGAAACAAGCUUGAAGAAAAUCGUGGAAAGCCCAAAGCUUUCUGGGACACAUUACGUCUGAUCCUUCCAUCCAAGAAAAACUGCAAUGAAAUUGAAAGGUUAGUGGUUGAUGGUGAAGAGUUAAGUGACAAGCGUGACAUUGCUAAUUCUUUAAACGAAUAUUUUACAACAAUUGCAUCCUCGUUGUUAGCCAGUCACCAAUCCCACGAGUACCUAGCAGCUCCACAGCAGGAAAACGACCCGGUCAUUUCAACCAACACCUUUAAAUUUCGUGUCUUGAAUGAAGACGACGUUUUCAACGUCUUACAAACAAUGGAUAUAUCGAAAGCUACAGGAGCAGACAAUAUAUCGGCUAAAGUCUUGAAGACCGCUGCUCCCUAUAUCAGCAAGGUUGUAUCUAAUAUAUUCAAUGCAUGCUAUCAGUACGGUCGCUUUCCAUCUUCGUGGAAAACGGCGAGAGUGACACCAUUGUUUAAAGGCGGGUCCAAGACUGAUCGUGACAACCGAAGGCCAAUUUCCGUUCUGCCCUGCAUAUCAAAGGCGCAAGAAAUGUUCGCCAAUCUCGAUCUACAAGAAUUCGCAGCGGAGAAUAAUCUUAUCGGUGACCAUCAAUUUGCGUACGCCAGAAACUCGUCAACUACAGCAGCACUUAUUAUUACCGUUGACUCGUGGAAAUUUGCUAUAGACAAAGGAGAGAAAGUUGUUUGCACCUUCCUAGACUUGAGAAAGGCGUUUGACAUCAUAGAUCAUGACAUCUUGAUAAGCAAACUAUCGAAAAGCGGAGUGACUGGAAACGAACUGAAAUGGUUCACGAGUUAUCUACACGAAAGGAAGCAAUAUGUCUCGUGCGAAGGCGUAGAGUCGCAACGGCGUUUAAUUACACACGGAGUUCCACAGGGUUCAGUCCUCGGCCCAACGCUAUUUAACAUCCAUAUAAACGGGAUCGCUGAUGCGUGCAAGGACAGUGAGGCGGCGUUGUACGCAGACGAUACAGAAAUCCAUGCGAGCUCGAAAGACAUUGACGUGGCGGAACAACGGGUCAACCAAGAUCUUGAAAAUAUCGUAAUGUGGUGGAAUCAGAACGGCCUAAUCAGUAAUCACAAGAAGUGUGAGGCAAUGCUGAUUGGAUCGAGGUACACUGUCAAGAAUACCAGAGAGUUACAGAUUAUACUUGAUGGAAACCCAAUGAAACAGUCAGAAUAUUAUAAGCACCUAGGUGUUUAUAUAGAUAACUGCCUGACAUGGAAUAAACAUAUCACGUAUAUAAAAUCAAGAGUUUAUCCAAAACUUAAACUGCUUAACAGAAUUUCACAUUUUCUUAGCCGCAAU